AAGGUUUGUGGUGUUUUCCUACAUUUUACGCAAUGGGUGGGUUACUGUCUCACCCCGUUACCGCCGUCCAUCUACAACGACGUGCCAACGACAAGUUCCAAUGCGGUGUCGCAACUCUACAGGGUUGGAGGAUCUCUCAUGAAGAUGCGCACUGCAUAGACUUGGACUGGGGUUCAACUCAUGAAGAAGGCUUCUUUGCUGUACUCGAUGGUCAUACUGGUGAUGACGCUGCCGAGUUCGGAUCAAAGGAGUUACCUAAGCAGCUAGACGAGUCGGCUGGAGAUCCCGAGGACCGCACUGUACAAGGCGUACAGGCCGGUUUCUUAGCCACUGAUCAGGCGCUGAGAGAGACUCAUUCUGAGGCCGGCGCUGUUGUUGUGGCUUCCAUUGUGACGCCUCUUGGCAACGGAAAAUACAAGGUUCGCCUCAUGAACGCUGGUGAUUCCCGCGCAUUGGUAUUCUCGGGUAAGAACGUUGACAUGACUAAGUUGGAGAAUGCCCAAGAGGACGUAACGAAGCAGCUAUGCAAUGAUGAUAGCACUGAGGCUAGCGGUGAUAAGGGUAUAUUCGGUGGAGGGGACAUGCUGGGCUCAAAGAAGAAUCUAGCGUCUCUCACUGACGCUGACGUCGGAAUUUUGUUGGCCACUAAGGACCAUAAGCCUGAUGAUCCCGAGGAAAAGGCUCGGAUUGAAGAAGCUGGUGGUUUUGUGAGCACAGACGAACCACCUCGGCUUUGUGGUGUGUUGGCCCUAUCCAGAGGCCUUGGCGACUUCGCGUAUAAAGACGACGCGGAUCUUCCAGCUGAUAAGCAAAAGUGCAUUGCUGUGCCUGAUGUUAGUGAAGUUAUCGUUGAAGCUGGCGACUGGGUAGUAUUGGCUUGUGAUGGUGUGUUUGACGUUAUGUCCAACGAGGAUGUCGCGCGAGAAGUUAUGGUACGAGCUCAUGCUGGGGAGGAUCUGGCUGAGGUUGCCGCUGAAAUAUUACAACGUUGUCUCAACCUACUGGAUUCCAAGGACAAUAUGACUUGUAUGAUUAUUAGAGUCGGCACGACUGAGCGUGGUCUGGAGACUGAAGUCCCAGAAGAACAACAAGAGGAACUCCAGCUUGGUGGCUAUUCAGACCUCCAUACAUUGGCUCCGGGAAUGGCAGAGAAGUAUCAGACUUUCUUCAGGAAGGCUGGAUUCAGUAAAAAUCCCGCAGCCUGCAAUACGUGUUCAAAAGUGUAUCGGCAUAUGGCGCAAUGUCCGUGUAAAAACGCCGUAUAUUGCGGAGUGACCUGUCAGAAGAAAGGCUGGAAGGAUCAUAAGAAGGUUUGUAAGGCAGUGAAGGGCAACGUGAAUAGUGUAACUCCCACAGCUGUGAAUGAUUCGGCUGUUCAGAGUGGCGGUCGUAAAGGUCAUAAUCAUAGUGGCCAUAUCAAGAGACGUUGAGUCCAGCAUGACUGCUGUCGUUUGGUGGUGAAGGGUCGCGGUAAUUACUUUUAUGUAGUCUCCUGUACAUAUUACUUUCUACCGUGUGCUCGGUGAGUUCACUCAUCAUCUUGGCGAGUUUUGUUGGUUAAGUUGCUUUGGUGAUGAUAAUAGUUGUUGUAGUGAACUACCGCUUGCACAAUACACUGUAGAUG